AUGACACAUUGCUUGUACAGAUUUAAAACUACUACUACUACUACUACUACUACUACUACUACUACUACUACUACUACUACUACUACUACUACUACUACUACUACUACUACUACUACUACUACUACUACUACUACUACUACUACUACUACUACUACUACUACUACUACUACUACGACUACUACUACUACUACUACUACUAAUACUACUACGACUACUACACAGAAUGAGACAUCCCAAAACCAUCUUUUUAAUGUGCUCAACCAAGCUGUUCUACUGUGGAGAACUCGUAUAAGUUGA